CGGUGGAGCUCGACGUUCACGAUGCUGGAACAGUACGUGCGCAUCCGCGAUGAGAUCAAGCGCGUGGACGCCGUGUACGACCUAGUACCAAAGCCAGCUGCUCAUCGCCGGAUAGUCGCGCUGACGGAGACCCUCAAGACCAUCAACAGCGUAUGCAAGAAGCUCCAGGAAGACACCCUCAGCAUAGGCGCCGUGCGCGUCCGCUUCGACAAGAUGGCGGAGAUGUUCCCCAUUACAAGUUCGUUGCUGUCACCAGAUGCCAACAUCAUUCACUCUUCGGUGUUUGAGAGCGCUGUUGUAAAGGUAAUCAUGGCAAUUCCACCGACCAGUAACCGCUGCGAGAGACUCGUCUCGCAGUGCAAACUUGUGAUGACGCUGCAGCGCUCGUCUCUCCUCCCUAUCAACUUUGAGAUGAUCGAGUUUUUGCGUACAAACCGUAAGUACUGGGAUGCCCACACUCUAAUGGGCAUUGAUGUUGCUGAUGCUGAUGAUUAG